AUGCCUCUGUGGACGUGUGAUUGGGACAAGUGCAGACAACCGGCCGUUCAAAGAUCCGGAGACUGCUUUUCCUGUGACAAGCACCUUUGUCGAACUCACUUGCAGGAUCAAUGGCACAAGUGUCCCAAGCCAGAGGUGUGUGAGAAGACCGAGAUGUGCAACAGCAGCCUUGCUGAUGAACUCAGGAAAAUUGGGAGGACUUUCCCGCUCAAACACACUGCCACUGCAGCCCGUCGACUGAAUGAGCUUUGCCGUCGAGUCGAUGGUUCGAAACUCUGUGCACGCGCCUCGUUCCUUCGUGGAGGAAUACCCUGUACUGUUGACUUGUCCGCGGAAAAGCUGUCAAGCAUGAUGGGUGGUCAAAAUUGUCAUGCUGAAAUUACCUUCCAAGACGGUAUCAAGUGGCUAGCACGACUUCGCCUCAUCAGUACCUCAUCGCCGCCGGUAGAGGCUCGGGAUUAUAUACUUCGUAGUGAGGCAGCUACGUUGAAAUUCUUACAGACACAUACGCGCAUCCCUUCGCCAAAACUUUUCGACUGGGCGUGUGAAACCGAUCCUCAGAACCCUUUGGGCGGGGUUAGCUACAUCCUGAUGGAAAAGAUACAAGGUGAACCACUGAACUGGCAACGGGCAACUUCGACACAGAAGGAAAAGGUCAUGCAGCAGUUGGUCGAUAUCUUUAUCGAGGUUGAGAAGCACCAAUUCGACAAAAUAGGGUCGAUGACGCCAGCAAAAGAUGCGGCUACAUUCGAGAUACAAGGUCUAGCGGAUGCAGCAACGUUUGGUACAGAAUCUGGAGGGCCUCUAGGUCCCUUUAACUCCUCGGCGGAAGCGGCACGCGUCAUCUUCGAAACGCAUCUCGCAAUGAUUGCGAGUGGUGAGAUUGCAGCCGUCUACCCGGCAGAUAUCUAUCUUGCACAUCGCUUUCGUUUGGAUAUCCUAAAUAAGGUGGGACGCGAGCUCUUUUCAGAGGGAAAGUUCUUCCUGAAGCAUCCAGAUGAUAAAGGAGACCAUAUUCUAGUCAACAAAGACUACGACAUCGUCGGUAUAAUAGAUUGGGAAUGGUGUCAAACUGUGCCAAAGGAAGAUGCCUUUUCCACGCCCUGUAUGAUGUGGCCAGUUGCAAGGUUCUACGGUGGAUCCAACGAACUACCUGAAGACGAAGUGAGGUUUGCAGAUAUCUUUAGAGAGAGAGGUCGUGAUGAUCUGGCGGGCUAUGUCAUGGAAGGCAGACAAGUGCAACGAUUCUUCUUUGCUUCCGGUGCGGCUAGUGGAUGUGAGAGAGAUCACCAAACUUUCGUUGAUCUGUUUAUGGGCUUGAGGCGAGUGUUUGACUCUAAAGACAAACGAUGGGAAGAAUGGAAGACGCAGGCCCUUGAGAAGUGGAAGAGUGACAGUUUGCUGCAGGCUUUGCUACAGUGGGAGGCACCUAGGCUUUCUUGA